AAGAAAAUACUAAAUACAAUUGUGAUUUCUUUGUUUCCUUUAGUACAAUUUUAUUACAAGUAUUUGUUUGAUUACGAUGGGUCAAUCUUUUUUAUAAAUAAGUCCUGUUUGUUGAUAUUGCGCAUUCUUGUAUUUUAUAUCCAUUAUUUGUUUUUAUUUUGCAUUUAAACUGAAAUUAUUAUUUUAUGUAUUGUUCAUGAAAGAUGAAGAGUUUAUGUGGCCAGCUAGUAUUAUAUAGUGAUUUAUAUGCUUUGAGCUAUUUUGAUUGAAUCUUGAGAAUAUCAGUGAAUUUGUAAAUUGAAUUGCCAGUGAAAUCUGUGUGACACCCGUCACUGAGUAUAUUCGUUAGCAGCAAGCUAAAGGCACGGGUGAGCAAUAUGUGGGAGGAUUGUAAUGCAAGCGCGGCGAGCACUGCAAAUAUUAAAUUACUAAAUGAAAACACAAAGCAUCAUGAUGCAGUAUUCAACGAAUUGAUGAGGGAAUGCAAGCACAGUGCACCCGGCGCGCGACUUUCCGCUCGCCUGAGGACCUCUCUUGAAAGGAUGUGUCCAGAGGAGCGUCGCGCGGUUGUGAGACGAACCCGCGAUGGAUGCGCACCGCUGUUUGUCGCGUGUAAGCGUGGCAACGUAGAGUUGGUGGAGUACUUGGUGCAUGUAUGUGCUGCCGAGUUGGAGCAGCGUGGAGUGUACGAGGUGCCUGAUGACCGCUCCGUACACACUGUGACGCCGCUCUGGUGCGCCGCUGUCGCGGGCCGGCUAGAGGUGCUCCGAGUGUUGGCUGAUGCUGGAGCUGAUGUUAAUGCGGGCUCCGACAGCGGCUCCACGCCGGUGCGCUCCGCUUGUUUUAUGACGCACUUGGAUGUGGUGCGUUUCCUUGUGCAGCGCGGCGCCGAUAUCCAUCGACCCAACCACAACGGUGGGACGUGCCUAAUCAACUCUGUGCAGUCGGUGCGCCUCUGCACUUACCUGCUCGAACACGGUGCUGAGGUGGACGCGCAGGAUAUGCAGUUGAAGACGGCGCUGCACUACGCGAUUCAGGAACAUCGUGUCGAGACAGCGCGGCUGCUGCUCGACCACGGCGCUGACCCGAGGCUGGCGUCUCGGGCAGGCGAUGACGCUCUUCGCACCGCUUGCCUCAAGGGCGCCGCCCAAAUCGUGACCCUGCUGGGCUCUCGCGUGCCGUAUCCACCCGACCGGCUAGCAGACGCUUACGAGCUGCUAGGAGCCACACAGCUGGACGAGUUUAAUGACGUAAGUGCUGCGUUGGCCGCGUGGCGCCGCGCUACCACUAUCCGCCAUUCGUGUGGAACCUACAUCGAGAAACGGCCACAGUGGCCUCCGCACCCCGCGUUAGGGGGCGCGCGCGAGUGGCGCACCAUGGAUGAACUGGAAGUUGCCGCUACUGACAUGGAUGCGCUGAGAACACAGGCGCUACUGGUGGCCGCCCGUGUUCUCGGGCCAGAUCACAAAGACACCGUGCUACGCCUCAUGUAUCGGGGCGCUUCGUAUGGUGACGCGUUCCGUUACCAGCGUUGCAUCGACCUCUGGAGUUGGGCGCUUCAAAUACGCAUCGAGAAAGAUUCACUUUUAUAUGCUGACACGUGCCACACGGCGUGCGCGCUGACGCGGCUGAUGCUGGACGCGCGCGCCGGCCGUCUGGAGCGUGGUCGCGACCUGCCUCGCCACCGCGACGUAAUGCGUGUCUUCCGUCUCGUCGCACAAGAUCUGCCGCGGUGCCGCGCGGCGCUGUCUGUGCGGCCGGUGUACAAGAAGCAGGCGGAGUCGUUCGACCGAGCGUUGCGCUGCGCCACGCACCUGGUGGCGCUGCUGCUGAGCACAGCGGACGGCUCGCCGGAACAGCAGGCGGCGCUGCGGGCCGCGGUCGCGGGGCUCGUGCGGGCCGACGUGCGGAGCGCGCACACCGGCGACACGCUGCUGCACCUCUGCGUGUCGCGGCUCAAUGUCAUCCGCUCCACUUACUUCGCGGACGAGCUCUCUGUGCCGCCUAUGUUCCCGAGUGUAGAGGUUGUGUCGCUGCUGCUUAGCUGUGGUGCGGACGUCCGGACGCGUAACGAGGCGCGGUCAACUCCGUUGCACGUAGCUGCUAUACCUUAUAAUUUCUCCACCGAGCUGGUGGAGGUGCUACUACGCGGCGGCGCGCACCUGGACCAGCCGAACAAGUUCGGCGAUUCACCCGCUGAGCUGGUGGCUCUGAAUCGCGGCUCGCGGGUCCGCGUGCUACGCUACGUGUCGCUCGCCUGUUUAGCCGCGCGCGCCCUGCUUGCCGCCAAUGUGCCGCUGCCGCCCGCCGCCCUGCCCCUCACCCUGCACCACUUCCUCGACCUUCACCGUCCCUGAGCGUACCCUGCGGUAUAUCCCGCACACGACACUACGCCCGCGUCACUCCGAACAAGCACGAUAUCUAUGCAACCACUUUGUUUACUUUAAAAAUUUUACGGUAUAAAGCAGAUUUUUGUGAUAUUAUCUAUCGAUACUUUGGACUCUACUCAUUUACAUAUUACAAAUAUUUGUGUAACUUUAAAAAAUAUUAAUUUUAUUGUGUUGAUAUCUCUAGAUGGUUGUAUAAUUAAAAAAAAAUGUCAAUACAAGGCCAGUGCCGACUCUAAAUAACGUAGUAUUUGCUUGUAUGUUCUAGAGUGUAAUCAUCUUAAAUUUAUAAUAUACGAAUUCGUGGUAAGUCCCCAGCAAGAGUAGUAGGGAAUUUAAUCUAUAUGGAAUAUCUAAGAAUAAAAUUCCCCUAUUUGCUAUUAUAUAGAGACUGUUUUAGCGAUUUAGCCGAAUGGCGAGUAGGUACGUCAAAAGUUAAAUAAAAUUAUAGUAGAUUAUUUUUUUACUAUAAUACUCGCCUCUGUCUAUCAUUAAAGCAAUACGAACUAUGCUUAAAGCAUUUUCUUGAGUACCGCCUUUGGAACUGGUUCUGUUUUGUUAUUUUCUCUCGUCACUUAUACUCACGGGCUCUAGCGUCUUAUUGUUGUUAAGGUCAACAUAGAUUGAUAGAGUUGCAAAAUUGAAUGUAAGUCACAUUUACCAAUGGGCAAGCUUUUUAUCAAACUGUUGUAUCUGACCACUAUUCUAUUGUUUUAACCAGCCGGGCAAAUACCGCUUUAGGGCUAAUUUUUCACUGUCACCUUCCUCGCCCCUCGUCGAUGAAAAAGGUCAUCGGCCCUGCUAUUUAAAAUAGUAAUGUUGAACAUGAUAAUUCAAUAGUGACUUUACUAAUGAUGCCUGUUUCUAUGGCGCCCUUUUUGGGACGCAGAGUUCCCGCGAGUACCGUAAAUUCUCCACGGCCCCUUUUCAAAGUCGGUACUUUCUCGCAUCGCAAACUGCCUGUCGUUUCGUGUGUGUACAUGUACAAGGGUUUUGAGCAUGUACUAGAAUAAAUCGGGCAUCUAAACAUCAAAUUUCUUUGUAUUGAGAAUUCUAUGUUGCCAUAUUAGGUCUAAGGUCUAAUUAAAAAAAAAAACAAACAACAUCUAAUGUUGGUUCCAAGUAUCCUUUACUGUAGGUAUGGACAAUAUAAAACGUUAGUUAGAUGUACUUAGUAAAAAUAUUAAAUUGUGAUAAGUUUUUGGAAUGUUGAACAAUUGUAAAACAAUAAACGUAGCUCAUUAUAUUUAAAAAUUAUGUAUAAAUAUAAAACAUAGUUUCAAUUAUAUAAACAAUAAAUCCAAUCAUGUUGUGGAGUUGUAUAAUAAUCUCUAGUAAAUUAUAAUCUUUGUAAUUUUCGACAAUCUUAAAUUGGUAAUAAAAAUAAACGAUCUGAAUUA